AUGGAUGCACUCUUGCAAACGCUUGGGGCCCAGACCUUUAACUUCGCCGUCAGAUCUGGCAUCGCCCUCACUUCAAAAUAUGCAGUGCAACAAUGUGCCCGACUGCUAAAAUCGGUUAAUGACAAGGCCAUCCGCUCUGAGCUUAGGGCUCUUCAAAGGGUGCUAGACAGUAAAAUCAAGAUCCUUUCUCCGGCUCUCGACCUCAUCGAGUUUAAAUCUAGCCGAGGGAAUGCAUUCCUUGAAGCCGCAGUGCCCCUCGCUAAAUCCCUUCACCGGGACAUAAUUAGGCUUGGGAAGCGGCUCCAUACUGCGGCCACUGUUGAGGAAACGGAAACACACCGAGACAGAGGGCCUCGCAACAAUGGGGAUACUUCACCAUCAGAGGCACACGGCGAUGAGCUGAUGCUCAUUGUUCGGGAUAUCAAGAAUCUUCUGGAGAGAAUUGACCGGGACAUUCCGCUGCUCCAAUUUGCCAUCACCGUAUCGGGAGAAAGGAUGUCGACUAGCUUGACGCCCGGCAUUUCGCCCUCGAGGAUGAUGCAAGCUAGUGCUUUGCUCUCCUUUGCAGAUGCGCACUUUUCGAUGGACCCGAGACGGCCGAUGCAGGUUGGAUCGUCCUUCACACUGUCCUUGUAUAUGCUGUUCCUCGGUCACUCUGAGACAGCUACUCCGUACGGACUCGGUGCUGGGGAGAGGAAGCCGAUUUGGCAGGAGGUCAUGCACAAAUCUAGAGUCCGGCUGUGUCGAAUCCCUACAAGCUGUGAAUAUGAUCCGACGAAGGGUUACCAGCCGGGUCGUUCCGACGGGUCGCGGAAAACGGCCGCCCCAAUUACCGAGCCCCUGGAUGGAUAUUCGUACCAUCUAGAAAUCAUCGAGGACUUGGAUGACACCAGACUUCAUGACGGGGAUGGAUCGAAGCCGCAGCCUUAUGACGGCAUCCCGAUGGCUGGGAUCCGGGAGUCGAUUCCAAUACACCAGAUUUCCAAGAUCUUCUACACGGAUACUGGCAGUAUUCUCAACGUCGGAAACGGCGACGAGAGGAACAAUAACCCGGUCCUACUUCUCAAGCGGGAUCCCAGCGCAAAAUGCCCCAUCAAAAUGCGGCAGGAGUGGUUUGACAACCCGGAGCAGCAAGAGGAGGAAGAAUCCCGACCAACCGAUACUACAGACGACUUUGAUGAUUCAGACGACCAAGAUGAUGUUGAUCGACAGUUGUGGGAGGAGACGGAACACUCUACCCAGUCUCCGAUGGAUGACAUCCGACCAACACAGCUGCCCCCGCAUUUCGAUCAAGAAUGGCUGGCGCUAGAGGUUUACGUGGAGGAGGAGGGUAGCGACGAUGAGGAUGACGAGGUCGAGGAUGAGGAUGAGAGUGACGGCGAAAGCGAGACAAAUGGUGCAUCUCAUCGGGCACUCACAGCCAACAAUCUGGACUCCAACAACAAGACCUCUGUUGACGCCGGUCUUGAGACUCAAAUGCAACGGAUCUCCCUCCAGUCCGACUUUCCACCUCACGACCUCUCACACCCGGCCACGACGGACCUUCAACAACCCCAGCAGGCACUGGCUGAAUCCUACGUGACGAGAUCUCCAUUCGGGUCCAUCACAUCUUCUCUCUCCCUCCUAGAGAUGCUGAUCCGCCUCACCAGCCUGCAAGAGUUCCAGCAGACUCCGCACCUAGCAAUCCCCGACCAUAUCCUGAUGUUCUUCCUGGAAGAGACAUCAACGACGGGUUUGCAUGGCGAAGCACACUGGCAGAUGAGGAGCGAAGCGAAGCGAAAGAUGGGAUUCGACCCGUAUACCGAUUCCUACCCAAGACAAGGCGAUGAGUAA